GAGAGCUGUCCCAGUCCUGAGACCUUGAGCCUCAGAGAAGCAGACCAGACACCAGGUACCACCUCCAGCCUGCAGACCACAGCAGACCAGACCACCGUAAAUAACCUGCAACAGCCAGUCAGUCAGCCAGUUAGUAAGUAAGUCAGUCUGGAAGAGCUGACCUUGCACUAUCCUAGCCUACAGCUCUGUUCUCAAAGAGAUCUAGAUCCCCUUAAGUCAGUCCAGUGCUAAUGCUCUCGUGUCGAGUAAGUCCUUAAAUAGUUUUGUUCACCUCGUUGGAGAGAUUCAGCUUCAUCCAGGAGCCCAGUUCUGAGUCACCUUCUGCAGCUUCAGCCCUGCUUCAGAGAGGAGGUCCAGUUUACCAGAGAGAAGACUUUCUAGAAGAUUUCCUGGUCAGCGUUGUGUUGCGUCAUCCCAGCUCACCUGAGCCCCCGGUGGAGCGUUCCAGAGCCAUGCAGCGCCUCGACACCUUCCUGGUUUUCUGCCUCCUCACAGGAACAGUCCUGACCAGCGGCCCCCCCACUCUCAGGAGGAGCAGAGUGAGGCGUCAGAACAUGAAGGUGCGCAUCAACGCCACGGGCGACACCAUCGUCAUGAAGUUUGUGCGUCCCAACGAGGACACCAAGCUGGAGGGCUACAUCCUGGGCUACGGCAGCAGCAUGUUCUCCAAGCAGUUCAUCCAGCUGCCGGAGAACGGCCUGCCCUACGAGACUGAGAUCGACGCUGAACCCAAGUACCUGAUUGCUGUCCAGCCCAUCCCAGUCAACGAUGUCAAGAAACAAUGUUCUGGGAAGGUGAACCUGGAGAAGCCCCUGCACCUGGUGAUAGGCUCUGUCACCCCCACCUCGGUGCUGUUGUCCUGGGGAACCAUCCUGAAGACCCCCUACGAGGGCAACAUCAUGAGCGACUGUCUGGAGGAUGGUCACUACACGGUGCGCUACCGCGAGAGGAACAGGAAGUGGACCUACCAGACCUGCCCCACCAGCGACACAGUCAUCGACAAGCUCAAGCCCAACACAGCCUACGAGUUUGGGGUGAGGCCCAACUCUGAGGAGAGCAGUGGAGGAUGGAGCAAGCCUGUCACUCACAGCACCAACAUGGGAGAGAAAGCCAUGCAGAAACCCUACAAGCCUGUGAAGCCAGUGAAACCCAUCAUGGCCGGUCCUCAUGUCUUCUUCCCCCCUCGCCACGUUCUUCAUAACAGGACCCAGGGCAGACAGCCCCCGCUCCUCCGACGUCCUCUGUCCCCCAGGACAAACAUCGCUCCACCAAACGUCACUAGAACCCACUUGCUACCCACUCCCGGACCCACAAUGCCUCUGGCCACCCACCAGCCAAUCGGAAGUGUAGACCGGUCUAGAUCUGCUCCCUCUUCCUCUGUGGAGGUCCCCCCAGCCUCCCACCAGCCCACACAAACCCCCAUCAUCCUGCCCACGCCCAUCAUCACACACCAGCGCCAGUCCAAGCCCAGAACCAGACCCCAGCCUCAGCCUAAUCCCCAGCCCAAAUCCCAGCCCAAUCCCCAGCCCAAGCCCCAGCCCCAGCCCAAUCCCCAGCCCAAGCCCCAGCCUCAACCACAACCCCAGCCUGAGGCCAGGCCCCGUCCCCAGCCUCAACCCCAGCCUGAGACCAGGCCCCAGCCUCAACCCCAGCUCCAGCCUGAGGCCAGGCCCCAGCCCCGGCCUCAACCCCAGCCUGAGACCAGGCCCCAGCCUCAACCCCAGCUCCAGCCUGAGGCCAGGCCCCAGCCCCGGCCUCAACCCCAGCCUGAGACCAGGCCCCAGCCCCAGCCUCAACCCCAGCCUGAGGCCAGACCCCAGCCUCAAUCCCAGCCCCAGCCUGAGGCCAGACCCCAGCCUCAAUCCCAGCCCCAGCCUGAGGCCAGGCCCCAGCCUCAACCCCAACCCCAACCCCAGUCUCAAUCAGAGUCUCAAUCUCACCCUCAGACCAAGCCUCACUUACGGUCCCAACCUCAGCCUCAACCAACUAGGGUCCUCCUGAAAGCAGGAGUCCCAACCGCUCCCAGCACACCUGUGGUGGUGGGCAAGCCUCUCCCAAGACCCGCCCUCGCCUCCGAAAGGGCCAAUAGUAACAACCAGCAGGGUACACGUCACCCGAGGCCCUCGACGAACUCCGUGCCUCGCUCCCCCUCGGGAUCGUCUGUCCCUGUGGCGAGCAGGAACGCCACCUCGCUGCCUCGCAGGCGGGUGUCUCUCUCCUCCAGCCCUAACGUGGCCCGGCCCCUCUCUCCACCCAGGGGUGCUGCCAACAACCCUCUCUCCUCCAGCUCUCCUGGGGCUGACGGGGAACGUCAUAAGGGCCUGGGUCUGCCUAAGCCAGUGGUGUGGUCCAGACAUAGACCUUUGGGCACCCCUGCAGUUCUACGGCCCUCUCCUCCUGUCAACAAGAGCACCAACCUGGUGGGAACACCAGGGGACAAGGACAAACCCAUGGACCUGAAGCAAGGAGACAAGGCCUCCAUCUUGAAGCCGUUCCCUGUGACAGUCAAGACUCCCAAACAGGAACGCAGACAGACGACCACGCUGGCUCCUGUCUUUAACGGCAGCCGUUUCGAUAUGUGGGACAACUCCUCUGUGUUCAGCUCCCACCCUGCCUCCGAGGUGGAUGCCAUGGGCAAGAAGCGCUUCGUUGCUCCCCACGUGAUCUACAAGACGGACAAGAAGCCAGACGAGCCGUGCUCCAUCACCAACUCCCUCAGCUUCUUCCCCGAGGAGGAGGGUGGGGGGCAGAACGUGACGGGGCCCCCCCGCACGUCCCCCUCCAACCUGACCGUGGUCACCGUGGAGGGGUGCCCCUCCUUCGUCAUCCUGGACUGGGAGAAGACCAACGACACCACGGAGUAUGAGGUCAUUUCAACAACCAGCGGACCUAAUGGAGAGGAGGUAUCCAUCCUGACCACCAACCAGACACACACCGCAGUGGAGAACCUUAAACCAGAGAGCAGUUAUGAGUUCACAGUGAAGCCCAAGAAUGAGUUGGGAGCUGGGCCAACCAGCGACCCUGUCUCCUUUAGCACGGAAUCAGCGGACCCCCGGGUGAGCGAGAACGUUUCAGGGAAAGACGCCAUUUGGACUCAGUUCCCCUUUAAGUCAGACGCCUACUCCGAGUGCAACGGGAAGCAGUACGUCAAGAGAACCUGGUACCGCAAGUUUGUCGGCAUUCAGCUGUGCAACUCCCUCCGCUACAAGAUUUACCUGAGCGACUCGCUCACUGGGAAGUUCUACAACAUCGGGGACCAGACAGGGCAUGGGGAGGACCACUGCCAGUUUGUAGAUUCCUUCCUGGAUGGACGGACAGGGACUCAGUUACUGGCUGAUCAGCUCCCUCACAGAUCAGGGUUCUACAGGGCUAUGCGCCAGGAACCCGUCAACUUUGGAGAGAUGGGAGGAAACUCCCAUAUCACCUACGUGGGCUGGUACGAGUGUGGCACCCCCAUCCCCGGGAAGUGGUGAGGGCUGUCCGAGAUGAUGCCUGACUGGAAAAUCAGCUUACCUGGGCGGAAGGAGGACUGGAGGGGGGCCCUCGGAGAUGUGGGUCUCUCCCUCUUGUAACCUUUGACAACCGUAGACAAAUCACCGUCUGUCUGUCGAGGCUGGGUUCCCCCCCCCCCCCCAUGUAUAAAUAUGUACAGAACCAAUCAGCAUCAUGGAACUAUAUUGAGAACUUUCGUAAUAAUAUCUCCACCGGUCUCACUUCACUAUCAAACACGACGUCCGAGGGCAGGGAGAUGAAGAAGCGUGUGUGAUUUCAAAGUGAAUCAAGACGUUAAUUAUGAACACAGAAAAAAAGAACAUGCUAGGAAGCGGGCUCCCUGAAAUGUAUUAGCUUGUAUGAUGUUAUUUAUCAAGGCUGUGCUAUUAAACGCUCCCUGGGUGGGUCACUCUGCCAGUAUGGUUUUAGAAUGACAGCGGAAGCCUGAAAGCCUGAAUCUACUUUCCUCCACUCAAACUCACACACGUUCUGUAGACCAAAGCACACACACAAGAUGCUUCAGGGUUUCUGCAGGUUUCAGUAAGUCAAAUUUAAGACCUUUUUAAGACAUUUUAAGACCAUAAAGAUUGAAAUUUAAGACCUACAACGACGCAUGACCAAAACAUAUUCUAAUCAAAGAAAUUCUGCAAAAAAUAUUUUUAAUGGAAUGAAUUCAGACAUUGAAAAGGCAUUAAUUUAAUUUACAGAUAAAGCGAUCACAUUAGUAACCUAAUUUAAUUACUAAGUACUAGGGGUGGGGGAAAAAUCGAUUCACAUAUGAAUCGCAAUUCAGUCUUCUAGCGAUUCACAGAGAUUCACAAUAAAAAAAAAAUAUAUGUAAGCAUAUAUGAAUCGCAAUUUGAUAAAAAAUCUUUUACAAAAUUAAUCGAUUUUUUAUUGAAUCGUGACCCCAAGAAUCGAAUUGUAAGGUACCAAAAGAUUCCCACCCUUAAUAGACGGUAAGCUGUACAUUUCUGUUUAAUAUUUAACCGUGUUGCAGAAAUAAAUAAGUCUAUUGUAGAAAAGUC